AGGUAGCAUUCUUUACCCUACGUGAUUCCUGCCUCAUGACUGGACGAUAGCUGCAGAAGGCGACUCCACCGUACACUGAAGUGUUUUGCCUGCGAAGCAGGAUCUAAUUACAAUGGCUUCCUCUAUCAACAAUCAAAACACAAAUAUGUACAGAGGUGUUGAUAAUUCCUCAAACCCCAGCCGACGGAUGUCACGCUUAUCAUCGAGAAGAACAGUUUUUUCCUCAACACGUCGACGACCUCCCGUAUAAUCCACCAACUCAGACCGCCGAACAAGUAGUCGAAACAGAUUACCUCAUUGUCCUUGUUUCCUCCCAUCUUUGUCGCUUCCCGCCCCGCAUUACGUCGUCGCACUCACCUUAAUCUCCUGAAACCCGCGAAGUUUCCCACUCUCCUUCGGGCCUCGCGAAUCUUUGUUAAACUAUUAGAAUUGCUUCUCUUCCAUAUUUAUGCCUCCAAAGCAUGCAAGAGGGACUGGAACAGAAACAUACACCUAACCGACGCCGUCAGGGCGGUCGGAGUCGCAAUACCCCUAAACAAACGACGUACGCUUCUGAGAACGACGUUCCUAGGCGCAAAUCCGGUCAUAAUGGAAGUCCUAGCACACCCAUCUCGGAAGGAGUCGAGGCGUUCCGCGCAAGUUCAACUAGUCAAAAACCUCGUAGCAAAAAGAAGAAGAACGGGAACAAACAGCCUCGUCCCAAUGAUAGCAUCGUUUCGCCGGGCCAAAACAACCCGGAGUGCUCGAGCCCUUCGGCUCCCAUAUUCGCAGGCUCGACUUUUCAUGCCUCUCCGGCCCCAUCCGCACUGCCGAUCCCAAGCUUUCUUAACAAGUUUGAACCUAGUUCCCCUAGGGUCCAAGUUUCUUCCAGCCCGGAGCAAGAGCUUUCAUGUACCACAUCUGACUCAGAUGAGGCCAGCUCUCCUAGUCCGACGGCGCGGGCCACCGAGUCCCCGCUGGAAUUCUUCUUCCGUGCCGAUCGUGCUGAAAAAGAAAAGGCUAAAGCCCGGCGGGCUAGUGCUUCAGUCCACGCUCCUAUGAUAAAUUUGAGCCCGCUUUCGUCGUCUCAUCAGUCUCCAAAAGAUGUUUCUGCAUUUUCUGUCGACAUCACACCGAGCCAAACGCGACGCCCACAUUAUCAUAAGCGCGCUACCGUCUUGGGCAUUUCCUCAGAGGAAUUAGACGGAAACCCUGGCGAACCUGUUGGGCCAGCCUUUUCCACCCCCUAUCAGGAGCGUAUGCGAGCUGCCCGAUCAAACCAAUCUUCUGCACGUUCUACCAACAAGGUACUUCAAACCCAAGAUUUUGGCUAUAGUGAUGAUCUCAAGCGUUAUCUCUUCACGGGCCGAUUGGGUGGUAAUGAGGAACCAUCGCAGCAACCACCUAGUCCAUCAAAUCAAGCUGCUCAGCAUCAUUCUCCGCAACACCGCAAGCCAUUUGAACAGGCCCGGUCUGCCCAGUGCCAAUCCCCACCACGUCAUCUACCUCGCGGCAUGUUUCCUAUGUCAGUUCUCACAGCCAGCGCACAGAACGGGCAGCCCACCACUCCGCCUGUGGAUGCGCAACCCACGCCCUGCCACUCCAACGAGGUCACUGUAAUGGAAGAUGAGCUUCGUCGGAUACUCAAACUCAAUCCGAGCCGUGCCUUAUCGUUACAUUGACCGGCUGUACUUUCUUCUGUAGGCUGAGGAUCUCGAACCGGUGUUACAGGCGUUGGUAAGCAGGUGCUGGAUCUCCGCUGAUAUUGAUUUGGCUAUGGCCGUUCUUCGCACUAUCUUGCUUUAUCUCCAUGCUAAAAUCCC